AUGAGAUGGAAUGUAGGUGGGGGUGGAGGAGGAGGACCUGGAUCAGGAUCUCAAGAUGUGACAGGUGGAGGUGAAGCCAUACUAAAUGGAGAAUUGGUGGAGGGACUGAAGUUGAAUGAUGCUGGAAAUGACACUGGAGGUCCUCUCUUCGUUCUCCUUCCUAAGAAGAAGUCUGGGAAGAAAAAAGGAGGAAAGAAGGCAAUCCCACCAUCUCUUCCAAUCAAAGAACAGUUUCCAAAUAGCAAGUUUCCAGUGGGUCAAAUCUUGGAACACCCACAACCAAAAGAUUUGGAUGACUGCACUGCUGCACAGCGUGUGACAAGUGAGGAAAAGAAGACUUUGGAUGCUGCAAACACAGAAUGGUAUCAGGAGAUGCGUUUGGCUGCUGAGGCUCACAGACAGGUGUAUGUCUCUAGAUGCUCCCUGAAUCAUUGUGCUGCUCACUAUACUCCAAAUGCUGGAGAUGAGACUAUUUUACUUCAAGAUGAUGUCUGCAAAAUUGAUUUCGGGACUCAUAUAAAUGGUCGAAUCAUUGAUUGUGCUUUCACAAUGACAUUCAAUCCAAAAUAUGACAAACUGCUGGAAGCAGUGCGAGAGGCUACCAACACAGGGGUCAAGUUGAAUCUCAGGUCCGAUUCCCAGGAGUGUGGGAUCGAUGUCCGUCUGUGUGAUGUUGGAGAUGCCAUCCAGGAAGUAAUGGAAUCAUAUGUCCACCUUGAACUACCCUUUCGGAUAGGACAGUUCAGCUUGCUGGACAGCAUGCAGAAUAGGGCUAAGAACCUGCUGCCUCUUUCCAUUCAAGUAAACAAAUGCAUCCACGGUUGCCAAGAGCUUCACACUACUCUCUGCUAUUGGAAGGGCUUUGUGCAUGAGGACAUGGAGUGUUCACACUAUAUGAAGAAUUUUGAUACAGGGCAUGUACCACUCAGGCUGGCAAAGAGUCGACAGCUGCUGAAGGUGAUCAACACCAACUUCUCUACGCUUGCAUUCUGUCGACGAUGGCUAGACCGGCUUGGGCAGACGCACUAUCUUUUGUCCCUGAAGGAUUUGUGCAACAAGGGCCUUGUGGAUCAAUAUCCCCCCCUGUGCGAUGUCAAGGGAUCUUAUACUGCCCAGUUCGAACAUACAGUGAUUCUUCGGCCAACCUGCAAGGAAGUCGUGAGUCGUGGCACCGACUAUUGACAUUCUUGCUUCCUUUCUCCAUCAUGUUGACUGGUAUUCUGGUUCAGGAUUUCCCCAUUGUGAGACUAAUAAAUCUUCCUCAUGGUAGGGGUUUA